AGUAGAAGAGUUAAGACAGAGAGAGAGAGAAACAGAGAGCGACGUGCAAGAAAAACAGAGCAAUGGAAGGGGUGACCCACAACGAGAAUAGUAAUGUUUUGAGUGAGGAUGGUGAUCAAUUCCCAAAGGGUUUAAGGGUUCUUGUGGUUGACGACGACGUCACCUGUCUCCACCUUCUGGAGAAGAUGCUUCAACAUUGCUCGUACCAAGCGACCAAGUGCCAGCGAGGAGAGGAUGCGUUGUCCAUGAUUCGAGAGAGGAAGGGCUGGUUCGAUAUUGUCUUGACGGAUGUUCACAUGCCUGGCAUUGAUGGACUUCAGCUCCUCGCCGAGAUUGCUAACAUGGGGGUAACCUUGCCUGUAGUCUUGUUUUCAAGCGAUGCUGAAAAGGACACUGUCCUGAAAGGAGUGAACAGCGGGGCUUGCGACUUUCUAGUGAAGCCAAUUCAAAUCAGCACCCUCAAGAUCCUAUGGCAACAUGUGCUACGGAGCAACCGAAGGUCAAGCAACAAUUCUAUUAAAGGAUUGGAGACGCUGCACGCCCUGACCACAUCUUCAUCUAUCGACACCCGUGCUCUGGCAGAGAAUGAGGAAGAAGAGAAUUCUAAAAGCUUGAAAAGGAGCAGCGAAGAUGAAGCCGAUCAUGGCCAGAGCCAAAGCCCAGCGAAGAAACCCCGCAUGGUAUGGACACCUGAGCUGAACCAGAUGUUCAUCAUGGCCGUCAACAGUCUCAGUAACGAUGAUGCCAAACCCAAGAAGAUAUUGCAGAUUAUGAGGAAAAUGGCUGGUGUUCCUCAUCUCACUCGGCAAAAUGUCUCCAGCCACCUUCAGGUAAGAGUCCUUAAUUCAACCUCACUCAGAAAGAUCAACAGCAAAUUGGGAAAACAGACAUACCAGUGCUUUAACAAUAGUAUUUGUUCCUUGAACUUGCAGCGAGACAUGCUAAUUAAAUCGAGAUUCUUGAUUGUGCAGAAAUACCGCACGAGCUCUAAGAAGAUAGGGGAAGCCUCGGACCAUCAAAGUGCACAUUCUUCUCUCCUUGACAGCCCUGGCUUCGCCAAUCUGACUCAUUCCGCUCCACCAUCAUCAUCAUUAAUCGGGUACCAAAUGGGGCUCCAAUCACAACCGAUUGCCCCGUUGCAGCAACCGAACCCAAUCCAAAGCUGCGGUCGCCAACAGCAAAUGACUGAAUCGGGUCAAUGCCGAUCGUAUGCUCAUGAGCCAUUCGUUGGGUUCACCUCGCCAAUGAAUAACAGCACACACCCUCCUCAUGAUCAAACGUAUUUAGUGCAGGAUAUCUUUGACGAUCUUGGCUUUUGGGAAGACGGUGCCUUUCUUGACAGCUACAUCCAUGACAUCGGCGCCAUGUAGAACCUAAAGAUUAAUCUUCCUGCGGCGGCAUAUUUCUGUUGAUAAUUUGCACAGAUGAGCUUGACUCUGUUAUUUUUGUACUGUAAAAUUUUUCAUUAGAACCGUUGAC